ACAAAAACAUAAAUCACCAUUUCCCAAAAUCUAGUUGGCUUAAUUUUCUUACCAUACACAAUGUGUAUUUAACUUAUAUUUUACAUUAUUUUUGUAUAUUUUUUUGUCAUGGGUUUGUCAAAAUUAUUGUUUAGUUCUAGAUAUCUGCAGAAUGGGGCGGGGUACUUGAGCCGAAGGCUGUUGGCCUCCGAAGCUGGUCACUCACCGUGUGAGAGUGGUGGUCAAAAGGAAUCAGCAAAAAGUGCCAUAAAUGCGAAAGCGGCAGUAUGCGGCGUGUAUGUUGCAGACGGCCGGUUUGAGCUGACUUCGUUCGGUCAGGAAGUUGAGGCGGGCAGUAAUAAGCUCACCCAGCAUCUCAACGUGCUGGGCCCUGAAUUUAAAGUGGGCCAAGCGGUCGUGGUGACUGACGUGGGCGAGUACGAGGCGGUGGCUCUCGCCAGCUUCGGUCCCAAGGACGCCGGCGAGGAUGAACUGGAAGGCCUCCAUGAGGGGAGGGAGAACAUACGCUGGGGCAUAGGCGCUGGAUAUAAAGUCCUGAAUCCAUACGGUUUUGCAGAAAAGCAGAUGUAUUACGACGUUGGCCAGUACAGAGACGCCACGGGUGAGGCCUUCACGCUCGCCGAGUGGAAAUUCGACAAGUUCCGACACCAUCCGCCUCUUCCGCCGGCGGGUCACCUCUCGAUCGACAGCGAUGAAGGGCAGAAGGGAAUUAUUCGGGGCCAGGCUCAAAACUGGGCGCGAUACCUGUCAGACAUGCCUGCCAAUAAAAUGACUCCUACCGACGUAGCACAGGAAGCGAUAGACGUACUUUGCCCACUGGGCGUCAAAGUAACCGCCCACGACAAGCACUGGAUCGAGGCCAACAACAUGCAGGCGUUCCUCACCGUAGCCAGGGGUUCCUGCGAACCCCCCAUCUUUCUCGAGUGCGAGUAUAAAGGCCUGGAUAGCGGCAAUGUUAUACUAAUGGCGGCUAAAGGUGUUACCUUCGAUAGCGGCGGCCUGUGCCUCAAGAAGCCCUCGGAUAUGAUCGAGAACAGAGGAAGUAUGGCGGGCGCCGCUUGUGCGCUCGGUGCGAUACGGGCUUUAGCUGAGCUCAAGGAAAAAGUGAACGUGACUUUAGUGGUGCCGCUGUGCGAGAACAUGAUCUCAGGGCAGUGUAUGAAGGUCGGCGACAUAGUGCCCGCGCUCAACGGGGUCAACAUACAGAUUGAAGACACCGACAUGGAAGGCCGGCUGAUGAUGGCAGACGCGCUGGUGUACGGACAGGCCAGGUACAGGCCCUACAUCGUCGUCGACGUCGCCACGCUCACACACGGAAUCAAGAUGGCGACGGGCGGCGGGUGCUACGGCUGCUUCGCCAACAAGGAGUGGCUGUGGGACUGCGCCAAGCGCGCCGGCGCCCUAUCGGGAGACCGGCCCUGGCGGUUCCCGCUCUGGGAGUAUUACAAGAGGCAGAUUGUCGACGAUCCAUCAGUGGACUUGAGGAACCGGGGUUCGGGAAAAGCUACUCCUUGCAUUGGUGCGGCUUUCCUACAGCAAUUCGUGUGUACCGACUGGCUGCACUUCGACAUCACCGGCGUGGGUAAACUGGCGCACGACCCGCCGCCAUACUUGUGCUCGAAGCGCAUGAGCGGGCGGCCCACACGAGCGCUGACGCACACUCUUAUCAACAUAGCCACGCAUGAAGAGUGCAGGGCCAAGAGUCACUAGGAUUCGGGCACACACAAGCAAGCUUCGUUUGUCAACACAUCUACCUCUUACAGGAUGGAUAAAUUGUAGUUGUAACUUGGCCCCGUGAUGUGUGAAAAAUUGUCUUGAUAGCUGGCUAGUUUUGAAGUAACGAUAUCAUAACUUGUCUUAUGCUACUUCUCCAAGAGAAAUAUAUCAUUGUUAAACAUCUAUAAAUAUUUUGAGCACGAUUCAAGAAGUCAACGUACCAUCGCCCACACCGUUAACUGUACAUCGGUGAACCUUAUGCCUUUUGUAGAAGCGUUGCUGUUUGUACUAGUUUGCUGAAUUUCGCGCAACAAGUGCGUGGAAACUUGUUAUUUUUAAAAUGACAUAGACUUUCUAUAUUUUAGCUUCAGAGAACUUUACUGGUUUGGUUUUUAACAGCCUAAGGCCCACUUGCACCAUUCCACUAACACGGGGUUAACCGGUUAACCCUUUACCAGGCUGCCAUUUCAAAAAUGACAAUUGAAUGUCAGUCAAAAUACAUCACAUGUUUGAAGUUCCGUAUGUGGGAAAUAUAUAUCCCUUGGCCUGGUAAAGGGUUAAACCUGGAGUUGCCAGGGUUACCAGUACAAUUUGACACUAGGUUAACGGUUUAGCCGCUUAACCCCCGGGUUAGUGGGAUGGUGCAAGUGGGCCCAAGUGAACUGUUAAGUCAAGGAUAAGUCUACAUUGAACUUGCAUCUUGAAACGAGAAAUACCUUUCUAGAACACUGGUACGUAAACUGAUAAUAGACGCUGCUUAUAAGAACAGUGGCACAAAACAAAAUUGAAUGCCAUGUUUUAUAAUGUUAAUACAUUUAAUAAUGUAAAAAAGUAAUGUUUAAGGUUUACAGCAAUAAAGAUUUUAUUUUUAUUAAAGAUUUUAUUUCAAAUCUUACCAGUAGAACAUAUAGCAGAUAGCAUUUCAUUUGAGUUGUACCACUGUUCUCGAUAAGCAACAAGUCUAGCUCAAAAUUCUGCUCGCUCUAAGAUAAUUAUCAACAUUGGCAGCGAAAAAGUUUGGCUUCUAAAAACUUCUUCUAUAAGAAUUUAUCGUUUUUAGGUUACAUAAUUAGCUUAGGUUCUAACAUUUCUCUUGUCAAGUAGCAUAAUAUAUAACCAUAUAAACAUUUUCACACACCACAAGUGUACCAGUUUGCUGAAUUUACCACAACUACUAAUUGUACUCUCAGGGAUCGGACAAUGACAACACACGUUACAGCCAUUCAGAAUGUAUUGUUUUAUGCAAUAAAUAUAAUUUGGAAAUACUAA